CUGCUCUGUGGGGAUACAGGAAGGAAAAGGGGGGUCAUGCACAGAUCCCACAGACAACAAAGCAGCGUGUGACCUUCAGUCCAGGGAGCAGGGAAAGUUCUGUUUCUGCGGUAGCUUCAUAGCAACAGGGGAGAAGUCCUGGUCCAGCGUUUCUGUUAAAACAGCACAAUCAUCGUCCAGUCGGGCAGGAAGCUGAGGGACUUUUAGAAGAAAGCGUCUUGCCCUCAGAGAGUCUCAUACCUCUGCUGUCUCACACCUCCGCUGUACUUGACCACAUGGAUCUGAACUUAAGCCUCCCUGAUUGAGGAUAUCCGUUAGAGGCCGAACAGAGUCUGCUUGCACGCAGCUCUGGCUGCUGCUGGCCGAUGAGCGUGAGAGAGCCAGUUACAGGCUCCCAAGGAGGCCCGCACGGAUCGAACCCUCUCCCUUUCAUAGGAGUUCUGGGAAAAUUAUUCCAAGGUGACCAUAUCCACCGCAUGGGGAGCCUACAUUUCCACGCAUCUCUGGAACUCUUGGAUUAUGUUUUCAAGUGUCUCUUUAAACUGAAUUUCUAUUUAUUAACCAAGAUAAUCUAAUCUAGCAAUCAAAAUGCUGAACAAUAAAGCUGUUUCUGUAGCCGUUUUGGUAGCAUGUGGAAUUUUGAGUGCAGCAUUCGCAGACGAUCAGCUGUGUAACGUCAGCGUUAGCAGGGCUACAUCCACACCAGAUUCUGUAGAACUUACACUGAACAUCUCCGAUGCAGCAUGUCAGUUCAGAGUAGCUGUCAGGGACAGACCUGACGAGGCAGCAGACUGUCAUCAGGACCCGGAAAGUGGACAAGAAGUCACAUGCAAAAUUAGAAAUUUAGACGCUGGAACCUUGUACCACUUGGACGUGAUGUCAAAGACAGAUGGAGAGCAGCAAAACUUCUCGCUGCCUACCAGACCCUCACCCGUGCAGGAUGUUCAGGUGAUGAGAAACAUGGAAACCCUCAGUCUUUCCUGGAAACCUGGCAAGGGCAUACAAGAGCAGUUUCGAAUCCUUCUCAGAGAGAGCAAGAAUCCAGGAUCCACCUGGAACGCCACUGUAGACAAUGCCACGACCUCAUAUGCGUUGGACGGCCUGAUCCCUGGACGUCUGUACAACAUCAGUGUCAUCACAGAGUCAGCAGGGCUGCAUAACUCUGUCUCCAUUCAAGCACAGACAGUUCCUGCCAGGGUCUCGAACGCACUCCUGGAGAACAGUGGACCUGGGACCGGUCUUAAGGUCUCCUGGGAUCAAGCCCGUGGAGAUGUGGACGGCUACCUGGUCCAGCUUCAAGGUCCCGGUCCAUCUCUACAGCAGAGAAUGCUGUCCCCACAAGGCAGAGAAACUCUGUUUGACCACCUGAGUCCCGGCCAUGCCUACCACGUGUCGAUCUUCACCAGGAGUGGGGAUCUGACCAAUCAGCUGAAUGUGACCGGCAGCACUGCCCCAGAGAAGGUCUCCCAGCUAACAAUGAAGAGCCUGACUGAGCAAGGUCCACUGAAGAUCAGCUGGGCACCCCCUGCAGGAGAGUGGGAGCAGUACCGUGUGAUGCUCUUUAAUGGCAGCGAGACGCUGGUUAACGAGACUGCACGGAAGCAGACGACAGAGUUCAGCUUUGCUGGAGUAAGCGUACAGCCAGGAAGGACGUACAAAGCGGCGGUCAGCGUAGAGAGCAGGGGCCUGUCCAGUACGGCCUACUGCCACGGGGGGACAGAUCCACCCCCUGUGUCCCACCUCCACAUCCAUCACGCGGAUGAGACCACCCUCAGCGCACUUUGGGAGCACAGCCCAGGGUCUUGGUCUCGUGACGGCUAUAUCGUCGAACUUUUCAACGCCAAUGGUUCCACUGCUAUUCAGACUCGUACGUUAGAAAGGCAGAUGAGGGAGUGCACUUUUAACGUACUCACGCCUGGGCGACUGUACAACAUCGCUGUGACGACCACCAGUGGGGACCUCAGGAGAUCUGCUACGGUGGAAGGGAGGACACUGCCCCAGGAAGUGACACGCCUCAAGCUAGACAAUAUGCACACCACUGACUCUCUCCAAGCCAGCUGGGAAAAGCCUCCAGGAGAUCUAGACUACUAUCAGGUGCUGCUGCUGUACAAUAACAAGGCCGUUUACAACACCAGUGUCCCGGCUAACAGCACCUCAGUCCACCUUCCGGGUCUGAGGGCAGGAGCUUCAUACAGGCUGCUGGGAAUCACAGUCAGCGGGGAACAGGUCUCCAAGCAGGCUGUGGCCGAGUGCCACACAGUGCCUGCCGCCGUUGCCACGGUAACGGUCAGUAACCACGGACGCUCGGACUUUCUUAACGUGUCGUGGACAGCAGCAGUGGGAGACGUGGACAAUUACCAGGUCAUCCUCAAAGACCGCAGCUGGACUUUACACACGCUCACCGUGACCAAGGUUGGCUCGGAAUUCAGCAGCCUCGUGCCGGGCCGACUGUACAGCAUCUCCGUCAGCUCGUCCAGUGGGGGUUAUAGAAAUGCCACAGAGGUCCAAGCAAGGACACAACCCUCUGCAGUCCAGAACCCCAAUGCCACCCAUUUAGCCCAGGAGCGCACUCUAAAGGUCUACUGGAACCACGCGGCUGGAGACUACGACCAUUACAGCGUCGCGAUCUGGCACAAAGACGAGCUCGUGCAGAACCAGACGGUGAACAGGGGUCGGAAUGACUGCGUGUUCGGUGGUCUGGUACCUGGUCGUCUUUACACGGUCACCGUCAGCACCUGCAGUGGAGAGUACGAGUCCAGAGUUUCCACCGAGGGACGAACAUUACCAGCAGCAGUGGGGGCACUGACUCUUGCCGAGAGUGGAACCACGUACCUGCGCGUGACUUGGGAAGCCACGCUGGGUGACGUGGAUCACUACGAGGUGCAGAUCCUCUUCAACGACACGCGAGUUUUCUCAGCGCAACGACUGAACAGCACAACACGCGAGCAUCGCUUCUCCCCUCUGGAGCCUGGCUACCUCUACAGAAUAGUGGUGUCCACGGUCAGCGGGGCAUACUUGCAGGUCCGGGUCAUCGAGGGCCACACUGUGCCCAGCCGGGUGGAGAAGCUUCAGCUCAUCCCUGGUGACUUCAGUGGGACUCUGAGGGCCACGUGGAGCCCUGGAGCUGGAGACAUGGACUUCUACAUAGUCUCUCUACUGCAGAACGCGCAUGUGCAGCGCACACUUCACCUCCCCAAGAUGGAGAACCAGACUGACUUCGAGGUUCUUGUGCCUGGUCAGUUGUACACAGUCACUGUACAGACAGUGAGUGCAGAAUUGACCAACAGCAGCACAGCCAGUGGGCGAACAGUUCCCUCCAGUGUGAAAGCUCUUCAGGCGGACAGUGAGCGCACUACACACAGUCUGACAGCCAGCUGGGAGGCAGCGGGGGGUGUACUGGACGGGUACCAGGUCCAGCUGCUGAACGAGACCGAGGCCGUGGUAGCCAGCGUCACAGAGCCUGCUGGCAUCACACGCCACCUGUUUGAGGGUCUCACCCCCGGGAGGGUCUAUAGUGUGCACGUCAGAACACUCAGCAACUCCACACACAGCAGGAACGUCGUAGCAAAGGGACAGACACGCCCAGCUGCAGUUACAGGCCUGCACGUGCUUUCCCAGCGCACCAGUGAGCUCACCUUCUGCUGGAACGCGUCCGAUGGCUGGGUGGACCACUAUGACCUGCACCUGUACAGCGAAGACGAGACCCUGCAGGACCACAGGAGGGUGGGAGCGAGAGAGCAUGGCUGUAGUUUCCCCCACCUGCUGCCUGGCACGCUCUACAAGCUGGUGGUGGUUAGCAAGAGUAGAGGGCUCAGCAGUGACUCGGCUCUGUGGGCACGCACAGUUCCUGCCCCAGCCAAGGACUUAAAGGUUGACAGUCGGGGUCACUCGGGCAGCCUGUGGUUGACGUGGAUGCGUGCCCCCGGGAGCCUGGGGGGAUAUGUGGUGACUCUGGAGGCUUCGGGUCAGCCACAGCAGAGGCUGGAGCCCGAGCGCACUGAUGCAGUCUUCCAGAACCUUCUGCCUGGCCGCCUGUACACUGCCAUCGUGCUGAGCUGGAGUGGGAACCUGACUAACACAGCCACGGCUGUGGGACGCACGGUCCCUGAGCCGCCGUCAUCUCUGUCGCUCAAAGACGUGGGCCAGGAUGGCAUGGUGGAGGUGACCUGGCAUGCCCCCGUGCGUGGAGACUACGACAGCUUCCAGGUGAAGUGGCAGCCACAGGACAUGCUGUCCCAGUCGACCCCCAACCCCACCCGGUGUCUGCUCAGUGGGCUUUACCCUGGACGCAUGUACAACAUCAGCCUUUGCACGGUGAGCGGGGGGCCGCCCGGGCCAGUGAUCUACAGCUCACCCGUCUACCACGCCAUAAGGACCGCUCCUGGACGAGUCCCGAGCGUCCACUGUCACCCCCUGACCUCCACAGCCCUGUCAUGCUCCUGGAAGCCGCCUGCAUCUGAUUACAGUGCGUAUCUAGUGGAGUGCAGAAGACAGGGGUCUAAGGAGCCUGUCUCGUGGGUCAUGCUGGCCCGGGAGACCACACUGCAGCACUUCGACAGACUGGAGCCCUUCAAGAACUACACCGUCUCCGUCACCAUUGUGUCCGAAGACCUGAGGGGGCCCACCGUGCAGGACAGCACCGUCACCAUGAUCGACCGCCCACCAGUGCCGCCGCCCCUGGUGCGGAUCAGCGAGAGGGCCGCCCACAUCACCCAGUCCACCAUCUUCUUCAAGUUCAACUGCAGCUGGUUCAGUGACAGCAACGGGGCUGUUCGCUUUUUCGCCGUGGUGGUCGCCGAGUCAGACGACUCAGAGGCUGUUCUUCCAGAGCACAGACACCCCCUACCCUCCUACCUCGACUACAAGCACAACAGCUCCGUGAGGGCCUACCAGACCGCCUACUUUCCCAGCCUGUGCCAAGAGGAGCAGACCGCCAGCAGCGUCUUCGAGAUCAACCUCGGUGCUGGGAUGGACCGUCUCGGGGGGCCGUGUGAGCAGGAAUCUGGGCCCAGCCCUCCGGGUAGACGCUUCUGUGACGGGCCUCUGAAACCCAGGACUGCCUACAGACUAAGUGUUCGAGCUUUCACUCACCUGUUGGACGAGGAAGGCCAGGAGUCUCCUCGUCCCUUGUACAGCGACACCUACCUCUCGCUUCCCCUGCACACACAGGCAGAGCCACUGGGGGGCGCUGUGGAAGGCAUCAGCGCCGGGCUGUUUCUCAUCGGCAUGAUGAUUGCAAUAACUGCCCUGUUGAUCUAUAGACAGAGGCUCCGCAAAGUAGCGGUGCAGGACAACCCUGUAGUGAGGAUGAGUAUGUGGAAGGAGACGCCAACCUCAGCAGUGUACGUGGGGGUCAGGAGCAACCGCCGUACAUCCAGCCCUAUCAAAGCAAACCACUUUGAGGCCCAUGUGACCAAGCUUCAGGCUGACUCCAGUUACUUCUUCUCUGAGGAGUUCGAGGAGCUGAAGGAUGUGGGACGACACCAGGCUUUGGAUGCAGCCCGUUUACCCGAAAACCGCUGCAAGAAUCGAUACAACAACAUCCUUCCCUAUGACGCCACGCGUGUGAAGCUCUCCUGCCUGGAGGACGACCCCUGCUCCGACUACAUCAACGCCAGCUUCAUGCCUGGAAACAGGUUCAGGCGUGAGUACAUUGCCACGCAGGGCCCACUGCCGGGGACCAAGGACGAUUUCUGGCGCAUGGUGUGGGAGCAAAACGUGCACAACAUCGUCAUGGUGACGCAGUGUGUUGAGAAGGGCAGGGUGAAGUGUGAUCAGUACUGGCCUAUGAACAAGGAGCCUCUGUAUUAUGGUGACCUCGUGGUGCAGCUGCUGUCUGAGUCGGUUUUAUCAGAGUGGACCAUCCGCGAGUUUAGGAUACACACUGAAGGCCUGUCGAGUUACCCCAGAAUAGUGCGUCACUUCCAUUACACGGUGUGGCCUGAUCACGGAGUGCCGGACACAACCCAGUCCCUCAUUCAAUUCGUGAGAACUGUGCGAGACUACAUGGACAGGGUGGUGAACUCAGGACCGGCUGUAGUCCACUGCAGUGCCGGAGUGGGUCGUACGGGCACCUUCAUCGUUCUGGACCGUGCUCUGCAGCAGCUGGACAGCCGUGCCACCGUCGAUAUUUACGGCUGCGUGUUUGAACUUCGUCUGCAUCGCUCUCACAUGGUGCAGACUGAGAGUCAGUAUGUGUACCUACAUCAGUGUGUGCGUGAUGUCCUGAGGGCGAGGAAGCUUCGCUGUGAACAGGAGAAUCCUCUGUACCCCAUCUAUGAGAACUUCAACCCCGACUACUACAGAGAUUUUGUGUACACUGGACGUUGAAGACUGCAGGCCUCUUGACGAUCCAUAAGGAAAGAAAAUAUCCGUUUCUCUACUAUAACUUUAAGUGGUGCACUCUAGGAAUAUAGCAUUUAUUUUUAUACAGCCUUCUUAAGAUGUAUUUAAAAUGUUGAGGUUUGCUGUGUAUGAAUAUUUAUAUGUAAUGUCUUUAUACUUUAAUCAGUAUAGUGUUAGUAUAUGUCUCUAUUAAGCUUCUCUGUAAACGUUUUUCCAUAUAUCUUGCUCAGUUAAGAGUGUUUUGAAAAGUUUUAAUGUUUUAUUCAGAAAUGUGUAGAACGAGCAUCCGUGCCAGUUCAGAACGCCCUCUCUGUCUACUCUGAAAGUUUUCCAUGAUAUAGUCAAUAAUAUCAGCGAGAUUUAUCAUCCAGAGAGUGGACCAUCCUAAAUUAUAACCGUCUGUGUGUAGCAUCACUCUCUCAUAAUUCUCAAACAGCAGAUUAAUGUACUCACCACUCUUAUCUGGUUAGCCCGAGUUACUAGGCAGGAUGAAAUAUCAUGGGCAUUUAAAAAUGACAGCACCUAGUGGUAGGCUGGAGACGGUCAUGGGGUCACACCCGCCUGCAGUCUGCGCCCUUUAAUGCUAAAAUUUUAGUUAAAAUGCAUCAUGGCUUUUAAAAUCAUGUUGCUUGGGCAAAGAGGUUAUUUCUUUGUUGCAAUUCAGACGUCCCUCAGCAGGACCUUAAAGCAAAGAAGCUAUGGGUUAUAAAAAUUCAGGGUGACACACACACACACACACACGCACACAUUCUUCUCUUGCCUUCGCACUCACUUCCUAGAAGUGGUGCUCCAGAAGUAUUUCGAUGGCGAUUUCACAUUUGUAAGAGGUUAAUCUGCUGCCAUUAUUCACAUGCCAGCAUGUGUGGCACGAGGCCUGUUUGUCUCCAGCCUGUAGGGAGUUUUGCGAUUUUUGGCUGCACGUCAAGACGGUGGGAUUUUCUGUGACUUCACUGCGCUCAGCACUCAGACCUCAGAUUGCAACACUUUCAACGGCGAGCUUACAUGGCCAAGUUAGAAAUUGAGAGAAUAUUUUUAAGAAUGCUGGACUUUCCUAACAGACCUCUUGAUAUGCAAAAUAUGAAAAAUCUAUGAAAAAACAGUUGAGGUGCCAAAUCACACUGCCAUCAAAAAAACCUUAACUCUAAUUAGUAAAACUUUUAUUUAUUUUUUACUAUUAACCAAGCACUCAACCACUGAAUUUUAAAUGCUGUUUUAUUUCCACUACCUCACACAAUAGAUGUAUUUUAACACAUGGAGCGCUUUUGUGUGUGAGCCUUAUACUGUUUCAGAAGUGUAUUUCAUUAAGUUAUCUAUUAAGUAUCUUUAAAACCACUGCUAUAACUGUAUUCAUUAUAAAGUCACAAGACAUCUGCCAAGUCAAGAUCAUUUUAAUUUUAAAAUCUGUUAUUCAGUCAAAUUUGUACCAGACGUCCGCUUUGAUGACCAUCACAGCUGGGGAAAAAGGUCAUCAAGUGUCUCGUACAUGAUGUUUGGUGUGCAGGUGAACUCUGCUGUUAAAAACGUGUGUAGCCUCUUUUGGAUGCUGUGUUAAACUCACUCUCAUUGUAGCCUGUGUUGAUAAGCUAUGGGGGUCCUGGCAGUAGGAGCAAGCAGAUCUGGGCAUGUUGUACUGAAUUUUCAUUCACUAAUGUUGUGCUUUAGCUACUUAAUAUGUGCUGAACACAUAAUGUAUAUGGGCUUAUUAUGUGCUGAACACAUAAUGUAUAUGGGCUUAAUAUGUGCUGAACACAUAAUGUAUAUGGGCUUAUUAUGUGCUGAACACAUAAUGUAUAUGGGCUUAAUAUGUGCUGAACACAUAAUGUAUAUGGGCUUAUUAUGUACUGAACACAUAAUGUAUAUGGGCUUAUUAUGUACUGAACACAUAAUGUAUGUUGGCUUAUUAUGUACUGAACACAUAAUGUAUGUGGGCUUAUUAUGUACUGAACACAUAAUGUAUGUGGGCUUAUUAUGUACUGAACACAUAAUGUAUGUUGGCUUAUUAUGUACUAAACACAUAAUGUAUGUUGGCUUAUUAUGUACUGAACACAUAAUGUAUGUGGGCUUAUUAUGUACUGAACACAAUGUAUGUUGGCUUAUUAUGUACUGAACACAUAAUGUAUGUGGGCUUUUGCUGCGAGUAUUUUUUUUCUACAACAUUAUUAUAUGUUUUAAUAGUAUAUAUUGUAUUAUGUUUUGAUAUAUUUUGAUAUAUUAUGCUUUGAUAUAUUAUGCUUAUGCUUUGAUAAGAAGUGCCUUCAUAAAUAUGUUUAUGUACACUGAUCUUGUAGGUUCACUCUCCCAACUUAUAUACUGUUGCUGUAUCUCUUUCUCCAAUUCUGACAUGUGUCAGUGUAAAAUAAUAAUCAAAAAUGAAAGUGAAUUUGGAGCAACGUAAGAAAACUAAAGGUUGGAAAGUACCCGAUGUGUCGGACUGGUGAUAUGAACGUAUGCAUGCCCUUACUUCUCACUGCACAGUGAAUCACAAGGAACGCUGCAUUUGGUGAGAAUGUUUGAGCACUGACCCAUGGCCACUUGAAACAAUAAAGCAGAAGUGAACGCGCUGUA